UGGCCCUCGCUCGGGCUGUGGCAAACGCCAGCACCACCAUGUUUCAGAGACAGGUCGGGGUCAGAGGCCCUUUCGGCCCUUUCCAGGGAAGGAGGCCUAGACACCAGGGUGCAGGACGCGGCGUCAAGAUGGGCCUCGGGCUUGGGUCGUUGGGAGCCGGAAGUUGGCAGCUGGACGUUGAGACUUCAGUGAAUGUUAAAUUGCCACCUAAUAUGAUUCCACGAAGUAAUUUGGAAGCCUCUACUUGUAAAAUGGCAGAGCCAUUUAAUUUUGAGAAAAAGGAAAGCAAGCUUCCACCACAGGAUUUACUAAGAAGCCCUGUAGCACAGCAUAACCACCCCAACUUCAGGCUGAAAAGCCCAGAGAGUGGAAAUAAAAAUAACAGUUUCUUGAUUUGUGAGCAAAGCAAACAGUAUUUAGCUAGUCAGGAAGACAAUUCGGUGGUCUCUUCAAACCCUGCUGGUAUCAAUGGAGAAGUAGGUGGGUCCAAAGGAGACAGGAAGACAGUACCCACAGGGAACCCAGUGUCACCAUUAAGUCUUGGAAACAACUCACCACCCAAGCAAGUAAAAACUAAGCCCAGCAAUAAUGUGUCUCCUGAAAAACCAAAAAAAUCCCACAAGUCGUUUGAGAAUGCCCUGUCUGUAAGUAAUGCAGCACUCUUCAGCUCUUUAGGACCGCCCCUUCGGUCGACCACUUGCCACCGCUGCGGCCUGUUUGGGUCGCUGAGGUGUUCCCAGUGCAAGCAGACAUACUACUGCUCUACAGCCUGCCAGAGGAGGGACUGGUCUUCCCACAGCACCAUCUGCAGACCGGUGCAGCAGAGUUUGCACAAGCUGGAAGAUAAUAAAUCACCAUUUGAAACAAAGACCACUGAAGUGAAAAAUGAGACUGAUCGUCCCCUGGGAAUUACUAAAGAAAUGACUGCUGGUGCUGAGAGAGUGAUGCUUUCUGAUUUGAGAAGUCUGCAACUCAAGAAAACCAUGGAAAUAAAGGGCACAGUUACUGAAUUCAAGCACCCAAGUAACUUUUAUGUCCAGUUGUAUUCUUCGGAGGUUUUAGAAUACAUGAGCCAACUGUCUGCAAGUUUGAAGGAGACAUAUGCAGAUAUGGUGCCUGAAGAUGGUUAUCUUCCGGUUGAGGGGGAAGUUUGUGUUGCCAAGUACACGGUUGAUCAGACCUGGAACAGAGCAGUAAUACGAGGUAUUGAUGAGUUCCAGAAGAAGGCACACGUCCUGUACAUUGAUUAUGGAAAUGAAGAAGUAAUUCCCAUGGACAGGAUUCACCAGCUAAGCAAGAGCAUUGACUUGUUUCCUCCUUCUGCCAUAAAGUGCUUUGUGGCAGGCGUCCUCCCAGCCCAGGGUGAGUGGAGCGAGGACUGUGUCACAGCUGUCAAGGCUCUGCUGCUGGAGCAGUACUGCUUAGUCAGGAUCAUGGAUGUGCUGGAAGAGGGGGCGCUCACCUAUGCCGUUGAUGUCGUUCUAGAAGGUUCAGGAAAACAGCUGGACCACGUCCUUGUGGAAAUGGGAUAUGGUGUAAAACCAGAUGUGCACAACUCCGAGAAGCAAAGUGUGGACCAAAGUGCUUCUGAGGACAUUGGAAGAGUGACCCCCGAGAGUAAGACUGUGAUAGACAGAAACGCCCUGAUCCCCAAAGUGCUGAGCCUGAGUGUGGGUGACGAGUUCUGUGGAGUGGUUGCGCACAUUCAGACUCCAGAGGACUUCUUCUGCCAGCAGCUGCAGAGCGGCCACAAGCUUGCAGAGCUGCAGGAAUCCCUCAGCGAGUACUGUGGCCAGAUGACUCCACGCUCUGAUUUCUAUCCAACCAUCGGGGAUGUGUGUUGUGCUCAGUUCUCAGAGGAUGACCAGUGGUAUCGUGCCUCCAUUCUGGCCUAUGCUUCUGAAGAAUCUGUCCUGGUUGGCUAUGUUGAUUAUGGAAACUUUGAAAUUCUUAGUUUGAAAAGACUUUGUCCCAUAAUUCCAAAGUUGUUGGACUUGCCGAUGCAAGCCCUAAAUUGUGUUCUGGCAGGAGUGAAGCCAUCAUUAGGAAUUUGGACUCCAGAAGCUAUUUGUUUCAUGAAAAAGAUUGUCCAGAACAAGAUGGUCACCGUGAGAGUGGUGGACAUGCUGGGGACCAGGUCACUGGUGGAGCUCGUAGACAAGUCUGUGGUACCUCACCUCAGUGCUUCUAAAGCUCUCAUAGACUCAGGCUUUGCUGUUGAGGAAAAGGAGAUAGUGGCAGACAAAACUAGCGGCGUGCACACAGCCAGCGUUCUCUUGGCCACAGAAGAAACAGCUGAGUCAUUGGAGUGGACGUGGGUUGAGUUCACCGUGGAUGAAACCAUGGAUGUGGUGGUCUGCGUGAUGUACAGCCCUGGAGAGUUUUACUGUCACUUUCUCAAGGACGAUGCUUUAAAGAAGCUUGAUGAUUUGAAUAAAUCCUUAGCAGAAUAUUGUGCACAGAAGCUUCCAAAUAGCUUCAAGGCAGAGGUAGGACGGCCUUGCUGCGCAUUUUUCACAGGUGAUGGCAACUGGUACCGGGCUCUGGUCAAGGAGAUCUUACCAAGUGGAAAUGUUAAAGUGCGCUUUGUCGAUUAUGGCAAUGUUGAGGAAGUUACCAGAGACCAACUCCAGGCGAUAUCACCACAGUUGUUACUGCUUCCGUUUCAGGGGACGCAGUGCUGGCUCGUAGAUAUACAGCCCCAAAACAAGCACUGGACAAAAGAAGCUACAGCAAGAUUUCAAGCAUGCGUUGUGGGGCUCAAACUCCAAGCCAGAGUUGUGGAAAUCACAGAGAAGGGGUUGGGAGUUGAACUCACCGACAUUUCCACUCCUUAUCCCAAAAUAAUUAGUGACAUUCUCAUCACAGAACAUUUGGUUUUAAAAUGUGGUUCACCACAGAAGGAAUCAUCGGUUUGCAGACUUGCUAACAAACAUAACCAGACGGACACCCAGGGGGUACCAGCCAUCCCUUCAGCAGAGCAGUGGAAGACAAUAGAAUUGCCACUUAACAAGACCGUGCCAGCAAACGUGCUAGAAAUCGUGAACCCAAACUUAUUCUAUGCCAUCCCCAGUGAAAUGCCAGAAAAUCAAGAAAAGCUGUGUGUGUUAACGGCGGAAUUGUUAGAGCACUGCAGUGCUCAGAAAGGCCAGCCAUCCUACAGGCCGUGGACGGGGGAAGCAUGCUGUGCCAGAUACACAGGUGAUGACCUCUGGUACCGGGCCGUUGUUCUGGAAACAUCAGACUCUGAUGUGAAAGUACUCUAUGCAGAUUAUGGAAACAUGGAAACCCUGCCUCUUUCUAGAGUGCAGCCAGUCCCUGCCCGCCACCUGGAGCUUCCCUUCCAGAUCAUUAGAUGCUCGCUUGAAGGACUGACGGAACUGAACGAAAGCUGUUCACAGUUAGCCAUGGAACUUCUGAAAAGCACCAUGCUGAAUCAGAGCGUGGUCCUUUCUGUGAAGGGAAUUUCAAAGAAUGUCCACACGGUGUCAGUUGAAAAGUGUUCUGAGAAUGGUGUGGUCAACAUCGCUGAGAAGCUGCUGAUGUGCGGUCUGGCGGAGACCCUUUCGUCUAAAAGGAACGGUGCUACAGCUGCAGAAACAACACGCAACUCAGACUGCUGCUGCACGGAGUUACAGAAACAGAUUCAAAAACAUGAACAGAUUCUUCUCUUCCUCUUAAACAAUCCAACCAACCAAAAUAAAUUUAUAGAGAUGAAAAAGCUGUUGAAAAGCUAAAAACAGCAUCUCUGGGAAAUCAACACUGAGGAGGAAGAAACAAAAGCUAGACUUGAGAAAGAAUGUCUUCAGUUUUGUUUACUGGAAGUGUUUCUUCCUCUUUUUCUUUAGUGACCUUUGCUCUCUCCACCUCUCCCUGCUUAACUUUGUUCUUUUGGGUUGGUGCCCCCCCUAAAGUUCUUUCCACAA